UUCCUUCCCUUUACGCUUUGUAAUUCAAGAUGGCUGCCCCCGGUAGAAAAAUAGGUCGUCUGCUGUUUUGAUCAUCAAAAAAGUCGAUUUUAUGAACAUUGUAGAUAUUUUUGAGCGAAAGCUGUGGUUUAGAAUAUCAGAAACUUAUCUUGAGUCAUGAAUCGGGUUCUUUACGUGAGGAAUUUGGGGAGAAUUUCGUACUCUGAGGGUUUGCGGGCGCAGGAACAACUUCAGCGGCAACAUUUGGACGGACUGGCCGGCAAAACAUCGGAACCAGCGAAAGACACGUUACUUCUGUGUGAACAUCACCCGGUUUAUACCACAGGGCACAGGACAGGGCAGUAUUCGGACUCUGAGGAGGACAGACUCAAGAAAUUAGGCGCCGAGUUUCAUAGAACUAACAGAGGGGGACUGAUAACAUACCAUGGCCCAGGGCAACUGGUGGUUUAUCCAGUAAUAAACCUGGCACAUUUCAGGAAGUCGAUGAAGUGGUACAUCUGUCAGCUGGAGAAGAGCGUGAUCCGCACCUGUCAAUCAUUCGGUAUCCAGGCACAGACGUCACCAGACACGGGGGUGUGGGUUGGGGACAGGAAAAUCUGUGCUGUAGGAGUCCAUGGUAGCAGGUUCAUCACCACACACGGCUUUGCCCUGAACUGUAACCCUGACAUGACCUGGUUCCGCCACAUCGUGCCCUGUGGAAUUGUGGGAAAGGGCGUGACCUCGCUGAGCAUGGAGCUUGGAUAUAACAUCAAAAUCCAAGACGCCAUCCCCACAAUGGUUGCAUCAUUCGCUGCACAGUUUGACUGCUCAGAAGUUCUACACUUGGACCAAAAUGUACCAACAGGAAGGAAUAGUGAGGAUGAAGCAAGCUGCAGUACUGUCUGAUAAAAGAGGACGCUUUUGAUCCAUAUACUUUCUGUGCUCAGCAGUUCCUAACACUAAUAGUGAAGAAAAACAUGAAGAAGGGUGUCAAUGAGAUAGAAGAUUGCCUAUUUAUGUACCAGGGCUGUUUCCAGCUUGAAUUUUUUUCGCCCCUCCCAUUUUUUGGGAGCCAAUGUUGUUAAUUUUCCUUGUAAAAUCUUCCAUUUUAGGCUGAUGAAAACAUAUUUUGAUCAAUUUCAUGUAACAUGUUAUCUGAAGUUCAGAUUUUUGGGACAGAUAUGGUGGAAUUUUGUCCAUCCCAACAAGCAAAUUUCGGUCUCAGGAUAGAAGGACAGAUCCUGGAGACAGACAUGCUAUGUAGCU